AUGGCGGAACAGCAGCAGUUCUACCUCUUGCUGGGUAACCUGAUGAGUUCUGACAACAACGUCAGGAAACAAGCAGAGGAGACCUACGACCCGAUCCCUGGACCCAACAAGAUCACCUUCCUGCUGCAGGCCGUCCGAGAUGCGUCGGCUGCAGAGGAGGUCCGACAGAUGGCGGCGGUGCUGCUGAGGCGGCUGCUGUCCUCGUCCUUUGAGGAGAUCUACCCGGGUCUGACGCUGGAGAUGCAGACGGCCAUCAAGGCGGAGCUGCUGAUGAGCAUCCAGCAGGCGAACCCUCCCAACAUCCGCAAGAAGGUCUGCGACAUCGCCGCCGAGCUCUGCCGCAACCUGAUCGACGAUGACGGGAACAACCAGUGGCCGGAGGUGCUCAAGUUCCUGUUCGACUCGGUCAACUCGGACAACGUGGGCCUGCGAGAAUCCGCCCUGCACAUAUUCUGGAACUUUCCGGGGAUCUUCGGCAACCAGCAGCAGCACUACCUGGAGGUCAUCAAGCGCAUGCUCGUUCAGUGCAUGCAGGAUCAGGCCAAUCCACAGAUUCGGACCCUGGCAGCUCGAGCUGCAGCUUCCUUCGUUCUGUCAAACGAGAGCAACACGGCGCUGCUGAAGCAUUUCGCCGACCUGCUGCCAGGAGUUCUGCAGGCUGUGAACGAGUCCUGUUACCAGGGAGACGACUCGGUGCUCAAGUCUUUGGUGGAGAUCGCAGACACGGCGCCCAAAUACCUGCGACCCAACCUGGAGGCCACGCUGCAGCUCUGCCUGAAGCUGUGUGCGGACACGAACCUGACGAACAUGCAGAGGCAGCUGGCGCUGGAGGUCAUCGUCACGUUGUCGGAGACGGCGGCGGCCAUGUUGAGGAGGCACACGGCCAUCGUCGCUCAGAGCGUGCCCCAGAUGUUGGCGAUGAUGGUGGACCUGGAGGACGACGAGGAGUGGGCCCAGGCUGACGAGCUGGAGGACGAUGACUUUGACAGCAACGCUGUGGCCGGGGAGAGCGCUCUGGACCGGAUCGCCUGCGGUUUGGGAGGAAAGAUCAUCUUACCCAUGAUCAAACAGCACAUCAUGCAGAUGCUGCAGAACCCUGACUGGAAGUACCGCCACGCUGGGUUGAUGGCGCUGUCCGCCAUCGGUGAGGGCUGCCACCAGCAGAUGGAGGCCAUCCUCCAGGAGAUCGUCAGCUUCGUCCUCCUGUUCUGCUCCGACCCGCACCCGAGGGUGCGCUACGCCGCCUGCAACGCCAUCGGACAGAUGGCCACGGACUUCGCUCCGACCUUUCAAAAGAAGUUUCACGACAAGGUCAUCUCGGCCCUGCUUCAGACCAUGGAGGACCAGAGCAACCCUCGGGUGCAGGCGCACGCCGCCGCCGCGCUCAUCAACUUCACGGAGGACUGUCCCAAACCGCUGCUCGUCCCGUACCUGGACAGCCUGGUGCAGCACCUGCACGUCAUCAUGGUGGCCAAGCUGCAGGAGCUGAUCCAGAAGGGAACCAAACUGGUCCUGGAGCAGGUGGUGACGUCCAUCGCCUCCGUGGCCGACACGGCGGAGGAGAAGUUCGUGCCGUACUACGACCUGUUCAUGCCCUCGCUCAAACACAUCGUGGAGAACGCCGUGCAGAAGGAGCUGCGGCUGCUUCGAGGGAAGACCAUCGAGUGCAUCAGUCUGAUCGGCCUGGCUGUCGGCAAGGACAAGUUCAUGCCGGAUGCCUCUGCCGUGAUGCAGCUGCUCCUCAAGACCCAGACAGACUUCAACGACCUGGAGGACGACGACCCCCAGAUCUCCUACAUGAUCUCAGCCUGGGCCAGGAUGUGCAAGAUCCUCGGCAAGGAGUUCCAGCAGUACCUGCCGGUGGUGAUGGGCCCCUUGAUGAAGACCGCCUCCAUCAAGCCUGAGGUGGCUCUGCUCGACACUCAGGACAUGGAGAACAUAUCCGAGGACGAAGGAUGGGAGUUUGUGAACCUGGGAGACCAGCAGAGUUUUGGGAUUAAGACGGCGGGCCUGGAGGAGAAGGCCACGGCCUGUCAGAUGUUGGUGUGUUACGCCAAGGAGCUGAAGGAGGGGUUCGUGGAGUACACGGAGCAGGUGGUGAAGCUGAUGGUUCCUCUGCUCAAGUUCUACUUCCACGAUGGUGUGCGCGUGGCAGCGGCUGAAUCCAUGCCCCUGCUGCUGGAGUGCGCUCGGGUCCGAGGGCCGGAGUACCUCACCCAGAUGUGGCACUUCAUGUGCGACACGCUCAUCAAGGCCAUCGGCACAGAGCCCGACUCGGACGUCCUGUCGGAGAUCAUGCACUCCUUCGCCAAGUGCGUGGAGCUGAUGGGAGACGGCUGCCUGAACAACGAGCACUUUGAGGAGCUGGGCGGGAUCCUGAAGGCCAAGCUGGAGGAGCACUUCAAGAACCAGGAGCUCCGACAAGCAAAGAGGCAGGACGAGGACUACGACGAGCAGGUGGAGGAGUCUCUGCAGGACGAGGACGAGAACGACGUGUACAUCCUGACCAAAGUGUCGGACAUCCUGCACUCCGUGUUCAGCAGCUACAAGGAGAAGGUCCUGCCGUGGUUCGAGCAGCUGCUGCAGCUCAUUGUCCAGCUCAUCAGUCCCAGCAGGCCGUGGGCCGACCGGCAGUGGGGUCUGUGCAUCUUCGACGACGUGGUGGAGCACUGCAGCCCCUCCUCCUUCAAGUACGCUGAGUACUUCCUGCGGCCGAUGCUGCAGUCGCUGUGCGACUCGAGCCCCGAGGUCCGGCAGGCGGCGGCCUACGGCGUCGGCGUCAUGGCUCAGUUCGGUGGAGACAACUACCGCCCUUUCUGCACAGAGGCGCUCCCGAUGCUGGUCGGAGUCAUCCAGGCGGCCGACGCGCAGUCGGAGAACAUCAACGCCACGGAGAACUGCAUCUCUGCCGUUGGGAAGCUCAUGAGGUUCCGGCCUGAGUGCGUCAAUGUCGGCGAGGUGCUUCCUCACUGGCUCGGCUGGCUGCCACUCAAAGAAGACAAGGAGGAGGCCGUGCACACGUUCGACUUCCUGUGCGACCUCAUCGAAAGCAACAACCCCAUCGUCCUCGGGCCGGACAACUCCAACCUUCCCAAGGUCUUCCUCAUCAUCGCCGACGGCGUCGCCAACGAGUCCGUCAAGAGCGAAGACGCGUGCAGCAAGCGCCUCGCCAACGUCGUCCGUCAGGUUCAGGCGUCGGCCGGGUUGUGGACUCAGUGCGUUUCGUCGCUCAACGAGACGCAGCAGAAAGCCAUCCAGGACCUUCUGAACGCCGCCUGAACCCCCCAGCCCAAACGCUCCCCCUCCACACACACCUCCCUGCUCUGAUCUGUAGCGGCUUCACCCCAUACCCCCGCCCCCCCAUCACCUCCUCAGCAUAUCUGAAGCAGACUGGGGGGGCAGGUGGACACAGCUGACGGAGGACAUUGGGUUCUGUAUUUAAGGAGUCGGCGUUGUCUUCUAUCUGGACGUUUCUCUCAAACCAUUCACCGACCACUGACUUCUCUCUGUCUGGGUUCGACAGGACUAUCAAAGGUGCCCCCACCCCCCUCAUGCAACACAUUGGACUGGCUCAAAGGAGGGGGGAGGGGCAGACAUUUUGUGGCCUGAGCUGCUAAAAAGGUGCACGUGCACCCUGGGCAAUCCCUGCCCGUCUCCUGUGAAUUUUAUUUUUUGUUCCAUGUUCCCAGUGUUACCUGGGGGGUCACGGCCUCCGUCUGCCACAGUUCUGGGGGGUUUGUUUCAGAGUAACGGCAUGUUUCAGUGGCUCACUCUUAAAAAAUCUUCAUACUGUAGUUGUGUUAAGUUGCCUGGGCGGGUUGAAGCGGAGCUCACAGGAAGUGGAACGCUUCAGGCUCCGCCCCUUCCUCCCCCCUCAAAGACUCUGACCUGUGGUCGCUCGCAGCCUCGGUGCGAGACGAGCUGGAGCUACGUGAUCAUAAAGUGCCACCUUAAACUCGACGUCUUGGUUUUUAACCCUUUGCAGUCGUCUUGCAGAAAUGACAUGGAAUCGGAGAAAAACCAACAAUAAAAACACGUUUGAGAAAA